AUGGCGACACAAUAUCAGCUACCUUUCAAGCUCUCCGACCCAUCACUUUUGCACUUCGACUCAUUUGUAGGUAACAAAUGGGUAGAGGCAAAGAGCAAGAACCGAUUCGAAGUUCUCGACCCUGGUACCGAUCAAGCAUGGGCAAGCUGCCCCACCAACUCAGCCGAGGAUGUCAACGCCGCCGUAGAGAAUGCGCACGCUGCCUUUGAAGAGUUCCGCAAAGUUUCCGGGCGCAAGCGAGCACAGUGGCUAAUGAAAUGGUGGGAACUCACCACCGCAGCGCGCGAUGACUUGGCUCAAAUCGUUACCCACGAGACGGGAAAGCCACUUUCUGAAGCCUAUGGAGAGCUGGACUACUCUCUAGGAUUCCUGUGGUGGUUUGCUGGCGAGGCGGAGCGCAUCCAGGGUACUGUAUCGGUCCCUGCAGCGCCCAACCGCCGUUUGUUCACGAUCAAACAGCCCCUUGGCGUAGCCGCUGCGCUGGUGCCAUGGAACUUCCCAAUCGCGAUGGUUCUGCGCAAGGUUGGUGCCGCGAUGGCAGCUGGCUGUACGAUGGUUGUGAAGCCGAGCCCUGAAACUCCUAUUUCCGUGCUGGUGUUGGCAGAGCUGGCGCAGCGAGCAGGUAUCCCUGCUGGUGUGCUGAAUGUGUUGACCACCGACUUGGAGAACACACCCCCGCUCAGUGAGGCGCUCUGCAAGCACCCGCUAGUCAAGAAGGUCACUUUCACUGGCUCGACUCGUGUCGGUAAGCUCGUGGCCGCUCACUGUGCUCAGGGCCUGAAGAAAGUGACCCUCGAAUUGGGCGGAAACUGCCCAUUCAUCGUCUUUGAUGAUGCCAACCUUGAUCAAGCCCUUGACCAGCUUAUGUUAUUGAAGUGGCGUCAUGCUGGACAGGCCUGUAUCACCGCAAACCGAAUCUACGUGCAGGCAGGUGUAUAUGACCGCUUCGCAGCCUUGCUGAAGGAGCGUACGAGCACGUUGGUUGUUGGUCACGGGUCUGCUAAGGAUACCACGAUGGGACCACUGACGACUCCGAGAAGUAUCGAUAAGGCGAUCGCGCAAGUUGAAGAUGCGCGUAGCCGUGGCGCGGAGGUGAUCCUUGGUGGCAAACCGUUGACCUCGCAGAAGGGCUAUUUCUUUGAGCCGACCAUCCUGUCAGGCAUGACCGAGGAUAUGCAGAUCUCACAGGAGGAGUCUUUUGCCCCCAUUGCUGCACUUUAUCGCUUCGAUACGGAAGAAGAGGCAGUUAAGAUGGCCAACGCAACUAGCAUGGGACUGGCUAGCUAUGCAUUCACCAAGAAUGUCGAUCGUAUCUGGAGACUAUUUGAGAACCUAGAAGCUGGUAUGAUCGGCUUGAACACAGGAAAUGGAUCAGCCGCCGAGUCGCCAUUUGGAGGUAUGAAGGAGUCUGGAUAUGGCAAGGAGAGUGGCAAGGAUGUUGCGGUGAACGAGUAUCUGGUGUCCAAGACUGGAACUCUGACGAUCGAGGGACAGUACUAA